AUGCCUGACAUUGGAGUAAUAGGGAAGGAAAUCCACCACCGCGUUGCUGCACUGGUUGUCGUGUCUGACCAGAGCGACCACAUGUGCUAUCCAGUCCUCUUCGUCUGUGCGGAGCCAACGCAUGCCCAUUUAGCCGCCGAGGCGUGGCUAAACAUGCGGCCCACACAGCCCGAAGUCCAAGCCGCCCCCGCAAACGAGCUGGGCUUUGAGCCCCCUGAAAAUACACAAAUCAUUAAAAGUCUCAAAUUCGUUCUUCAUUUUGUUUCGGUGGGCUUCAUGACAUUCAAAUCCAUUGCAAUUUGCCACAAGUAG